GACAACUUCUGCUUCCGGGUCACGAAUUGACAGCGGCUUUCAAGAGCCAGCUCGGCCCCGCGGGUCGGCAGUUUGGAGCAUGUGAACAUACUCUGAGCCUUGAUGAGUUCCAGUAUGUGGUAUAUUAUGCAGAGCAUUCAGAGCAAAUACUCUCUCUCAGAGCGCUUAAUCCGAACAAUCGCUGCCAUUCGGUCCUUCCCACAUGAUAAUGUAGAGGACCUCAUCAGAGGGGGAGCAGAUGUGAACUGCACCCACGGCACACUGAAGCCCCUGCACUGUGCCUGCAUGGUGUCGGAUGCUGACUGUGUGGAGUUACUCCUGGAAAAAGGAGCUGAGGUGAAUGCCCUGGAUGGUUACAACCGAACGGCCCUCCACUAUGCAGCUGAGAAAGAUGAAGCUUGUGUGGAGGUCCUGUUGGAGUAUGGUGCAAACCCCAAUGCACUGGAUGGCAACCGAGACACCCCACUUCACUGGGCAGCCUUUAAGAACAAUGCUGAGUGUGUGCGGGCCCUCCUAGAGAGUGGGGCCUCUGUCAAUGCCCUGGAUUACAACAAUGAUACCCCACUCAGUUGGGCUGCCAUGAAGGGAAAUCUUGAGAGUGUAAGCAUCCUUCUUGAUUAUGGUGCAGAGGUCAGAGUCAUCAACCUAAAAGGCCAGACACCCAUCUCCCGCCUGGUGGCUCUGCUAGUCAGGGGACUUGGAACUGAGAAAGAGGACUCUUGCUUUGAGCUUCUCCACAGAGCUGUUGGACACUUUGAAUUAAGGAAAAAUGGUACCAUGCCACGAGAAGUGGCCAAAGACCAGCAGCUAUGUGAAAAACUGACUGUUCUGUGCUCAGCCCCAGGAACUCUAAAAACUCUCUCUCGCUAUGCUGUGCGCCGUAGCCUGGGACUCCAGUAUCUGCCAGAUGCAGUGAAGGGCCUUCCACUGCCAGCUUCUCUGAAGGAAUACCUGUUACUUGUAGAAUAGCCUGGAGGAGACAUUUGCACCAUCACGCAGAGAACUCUGGGUGAGAUUUUUCCCUGCAGCACUGUCUUUGUCUUAGAAAACAGGAAAAGCUGUUGUUCCUGUUGUGUGGUUUAUAUUUCGACGCAAUGUGUCACAACAGUAACUUCUACAUCACCUCCCCUCCCCAAACCAAGCAACCAAACAAAAGAAAAAUCCCUCACUUGUGUUUUCUGUUUAUUGCUUUCAUGGCUUUUUAUAUCGUACCCUGCAAAAGAAGAGGUCUCCCCCACCCUCCCCUUUAGGGAAAAAGUCAACAGUGCAACUAAAUUUCUCUAGGAAGAUGAAGAGUAUUUAAAGAGCGUGUGUUUGGUUUUCCUUUGGGGACAUGAUUAAUGUUUCAGAAGAAUCCUUCUAGAAGCAUUUUAGUUGAUCUGUGAAGAAGUUUAAGAAAAUUCCAGCUAACAAUUGUGGCCCAAAGAUGAAGAUACUACAACAUCAAAUGGUGUGCAGAUUCAGAAUUGGGGCUGCAAGAUAGCCCUAGAGGGCCACAUCAUGGGGUGUUCAGAAGGGACUGGCCCCCCUUUUCAUCAUCAAAGAAAACAGCAGCCUUUGCCUCUUUUCCAUGGGUGUGCCCAAGGGUUACAGUAGUGCAGCAAUGUCAUUUCAGAAAGAUUGUCUUGCUGUUUUCCACACAGUAGACGAGAUAGCAGGUUCUAAGCAGUCCUUAGAACUCUUCUUCUAGUGCAGUUCUCUCUCUUCCAGAAAGCCAGUUUGCUCUAAUGGCUUCACAGGCAUUUCCGGAACCGUAGGCGGAGGUGUCUGCUCUAGGAGAAGAGAUGGGCUGGGCUGCCUUUUCCCGUGGGUCUUCUUCAUUCCCUAUAGCAAGCUCACUCUACUAAGAGUUUGGAGUUAUUUUUCUUUCCAUUGUUUUGGAACCUUUGCUUUUGACUGAUCUAUACAAGACAUUGGUGGAGUUGGGGAGUAGGGAAAGAGCGUCGUUAAGAGCUUCUUUUUAGAUGGCUCACCUACUCCAAAAGGAUCUGUUUUAGUGAACAAUAGUCAACAAUACCCUUCCUUUUCAUGUUCCUAAACUAGAUCAAAUUAUUAUUGAUCUUAGAUGACCUGUAUGCAAAUUUGAAAAACUUUUUUUUAAACUGAUUGGGAACUACACAUAAACAUGAACGGAAUCUGCUGACACAGCUAAUUUGAAAAAGUAUGUCUGCUUUUGUCCUUUUGCUGUUGGUGUUUUUUGCUCACUUAAGAAAAAAAGAAAUAAACAGUUCUAAAAGCAAGUCUGGCAGUUUCUACUG